UCAAUCCGGAAUUUAUUCGUUAUAGUUCUAAUUUUACUCUCGCUUUUAUAUUUCCCGCGUGGAGAUCAGCAAGUUGUUUACCGAUGAAAUUUGGCUGUUUUGUCUCUAUCAGACGACAGUUUUUUCACCUGAUUGAAUAAAGGAAUCAUUACACUUUUGUUCAUCAUGUUAGCUGUAUGCAAACCUACCUAGAGGCAGCACAGUGAAAAAACUAGGACAUUUAUCUCACAACGCACUGUUACAUGCUACUUCUACGAUGUACACAGAUGGUUACGACGAUAUAGUAGAUAGAGAUGAUAGACCAGUCAGAAUGGCAUCAAAAUCAGAAAAGGGUCAAGAGUACUACAAAGAACAGAAAGAAAUGUUUGAAAAAAGGUUGAAAUCAUCUGGUUUUAUGCUCAGUAACACUAUAGAAACCUAUGAUCAAACUCUACCGAAAUCAAUAACUGGACUAGAAAUGGCACAAGCAGACCUACACACAGCAUACAAGAGAUACGACAAAGAUGCGAACAGUUAUUUAGACUUUCUCACGAGAUCACGUGAAACAGAAGCUCAAGAGGACAUCAAUGCAUACUGGGAAAUCAUGAAUGACCUUAAAAAGAAAUACAACUUUCUAAUGGACAAAAUCACACUUCAACGAGACUCUGUUGAGACAAGAUCUAUGACAAAAUCACAUAAAACGGAUUAUUCUUCUAAAAGUCAGAAGUCAAAUGUUUCAGAAGCUGCACUUAAAAGAGCAAAAGCCGAGGCUGAAAAAGUGAAACUCAAAUUCGCAGAACAAGAAGCUACACUAAAAAAAGAACAGUUUGACAAAACGUUACAGAUCGAAUUGCUUCAACAACGUAAGACUGCCGCAGCAGCGGACGCCGAAGCCACAUACCUCGAAAAACAAUCAGCCGCCGAUGACAAUGAAGCAGCCAAGUUACCCGAGGAGGAAUUGAGUCCUUUGGAGAAAACUUUGCAAUUUUUAGAUAAAAUAAACACAGGUACCAAUGAUGCCCAGCCUCCGCAUACAAGUGACGUCCCACAAGACAAGCCUCUUUCACCUGAUUGUGAACCUUUUGUGCCAAAAUCAACUUUGCACGCGGUCUCCUCGACUCCUAAAGUGCCUUCACAUAUUGUACAGAAACGGCACAGUGACGGAACAGGUGUCCAGAGAAAAUUUGACGAUGAAGCUCCAGUCUUGAAUCAUUUAUCGCCAGGAAACUUUGUCAUGAAGAAAAACCUACUCUUAGAAACCUUUCAACAACAAAAGUUUGAUGAUAAGCCAGACUGUUACAUUGUUUGGAAGAAACAAUUUAAAGUCAUCACCUCAGACAUCGGGUGCACACCUUUAGAGGAGUUAACCUUGAUAACCAACUGUGUGCAGACAGGAUCCGAAGCUUUCCGUCUGAUAAUGAGCUCGAGAGCAGCAUGUGCGGAUGAUCCACUACAGUGUUUGUCAAAUAUUUGGGAACGCUUGGAUCAACGUUUUGGUAGUGCCGAGUUACUAGAGUCAACAUUGAAAACAAAACUGUUCAACUUGCCGAACAUGAUCGACCGUAAAGAUCUUUAUGAACUCCAUGACAUUCUGUGCGAGAUUCAAGCUGUGAAAGCAACCGUUGAGUACUCCUCAAUAUUCUCCUAUUUGGAUUCCUCUUUAGGUAUCAAGCCCAUUGUCGAGAAACUACCAAAAGGUAUCCAGGACAAAUGAAUCAACAGAGUCGUUAGCUGCAAAAAGGACCGUAAGA